AUGACUUCCAUGAUCGUUGAGGGGGCGCUUGCCACCGGCAAGCAGUUCUUCGCCACGCUUCACUUUUUGUUCCUUGCUGUGAUGCAUGUCCUCACGCCCAUCUUCAAAGCCAUCUACAUUCGUUUCUGGAAGAUCGUCAACGCCUUCGUCCACUGGCACAAACUUCCUAAAUGGCUCGGUGUUUUCAACCUCCUCGCUUUGCGUUACGAGCUUCAGGAGAAGAACCUGUACGACACUUAUCCCAACGCCGAGUUCCAGGGUACCAAGAAAGAAUGCCCUAUGAAAGACUCCAAGUUCAUCUCCGCCAGACAUUCUGAUGGCUAUUUCAAUGACCUCGGUGCGCCAAAGAUGGGCUGCGCAGGUAUGAGGUUCGGCCGAAAUGUGCCGAGGAAGCACACCAAGCCGCCAAGUGAAAAGGAGCUUCUCACACCCAACCCGAGAGUAGUCUCGGAAAAGAUUCUUGCAAGACCCGACGGCGAAUUCAAGCCAGCAACGAUUGUGAACCUGCUAGCCGCUGCGUGGAUUCAAUUCCAGGUACACGACUGGGCACAGCACUUCUUCGAUACGAACAAGGAGACUUAUGUGGACAUUCCCUUGGGCCACGGCGAUCAGUGGUCCGAUGAAAGAAUGGACAUUCCCCGCUCCAAGAGGGCCAAACCUCUCUCAGAUCAAGAUUAUGAGACGCCUGCGUACGAGAACGAAUGCACACAUUGGUGGGACGCUUCCCAGAUCUACGGAUCUACCGAAGAAGAAACCCAAGCGCUCAGGGCCACUUGUGACGUAUCAACCCCUGGUCAGCUUUCAGUUACGAGCAAGAAGGGAGAGCAGUUCCUGCCCCGUGAGGCGGAUGGCAUCCCUGCAACAGGAUUCCGUCAGAAUUGGUGGCUCGGACUGGAGCUUCUACACACCCUCUUCGCUCUCGAGCACAAUGCUAUCGCCAAGCAGCUUCACAUGACGAAUCCCACAUGGUCCAGUGACAAGAUCUUCGACACUGCCAGAUUAAUCAACUGUGCUCUCAUGGCCAAGAUUCACACUGUUGAGUGGACACCUGGUAUCUUGCAGCACCCAGCCCUGCAGGUUGGUAUGGACGCCAACUGGUGGGGACUGCUGGGCGAAAAACUUUGGCACGUGUUCGGACGGGCUUUCGACAACAAGUCCACAGUCAUUUCCGGUAUUCCCGGCGCCGGCGUCAACCACGACGGCGCUCCGUAUUGCCUCACGGAAGAGUUCGUCUCCGUCUACCGCCUCCACCCUCUCAUCCCCGACAACAUCGCCUUUUUCAACGUCAAGAAUGGUAAACACGAGGGUACCCUGCCCAUCAAGGAUGUCGCCUUCGAAUCCGCUCGUAAGCCUAUGGACCCUAAAGCCGACUUCAAGGGUGGCCUGGGACUCAACAUUGCUGAUGCCUUCUACUCCUUUGGCGUCAACUACCCAGGUGCCAUUCGCGCCCACAACAUGCCCAACUUCCUACGUGACCUACAAAUCCCGGGUGACAAGGACUUUCCCGAGGGCCGACACAUCGACAUGGGUACCAUCGACAUUCUCCGUGAUCGUGAGCGCGGUGUCCCACGCUAUAACGCUUUCCGUCGCCUCUUCCACAUGCCCCCCGCACGCAGUUUCGUUGACCUCACUGGCGGUGAUGUCAAACUGGCUGCCGAGCUCAGUGACGUCUACCAAGGUGACCUGGAGAAGGUAGACCUUCUUGUCGGCACCCUCAGCGAGCCCCUACCUGAGGGCUUCGGUUUCAGUGACACCGCCUUCCGUGUUUUCAUCCUCAUGGCGACUCGCCGUAUCCAGUCUGAUCGUUUCCUUGCCGGCGACGGCUGGUGCCCCGAAAUUUACACCCGAGAGGGCAUCAACUGGGUGCAGAACAACACCAUGAAGGACGUACUAUGCAGACAUUUCCCCGAACUUGCUGCGCCUCUGCGCAACGUCGACAACGCUUUUGCUCCAUGGGAGAAGAUUGGCCAGACCGCAGACUACAAGGGCGUGGAGACAAACACGCCCAAGAAACUUGCUGCUAUGAGAGCCCAGAGCAGGAUUUACUGA